GCGUUACUAUGACGCGAGACUCGGAACGAUAACAAGCGAAGUGUUUAUGAUCAAGUUGGAACGCUUGGUUGCAGAAUUAUGAAUAAGGUUCAUAACUGGCAGGAGAAUGAAAUACGAGAACUUUUGACGAUCCGUGCGUCAGAGCAGAUCCGUCACCUGAUCACGGGCACGGUGAAGGACUCGGUGGUUUACCAGAGAAUGAGCAAACUGCUGUCAGAGAGGGGGGUGUUCAGGACCCACAUGCAGGUGAUCAGCAAACUGAAGUCUCUGAGGAAGCACUACCUCAGGUAUCAUCAGCAAAAGAUCCGGACCGGCUGCGACCGCGUCAAUUGGCCAUUUUACGACCUCUGCCACUGGGCUUUCGGGAAUGGACCCCCGGCGAACCCGGUGAAGCGGCACCGGAGUCCCUCGCCCCCUCCGGUAUGCCCACCCCCACAGCAGCUCUCUCCUCCUCUACCGCAGCCUCCUCCGCCUCCGCUCUCCAUCAGCGACGAGCAUCACGAAGUCGUAGUCGGGCUCUGGGACGAUGUGGACGAUAGGGAGAUCAAUAAGCACCUGGGUCCAGUGGAGGCGGAGGACGAAGAGGGGCAGUACAGCCCAUCAGAACCGUUACAGUCCAUCAACACCAGUAAGUACAAUAUCUUGAAGAUUGUGACAUGCAAAGAUGACCUGAACCAGAAUUGGUCCUAAACUAACCCAAGGAUGUGGUUUGGAAUUAAAAAAAACUUUAAGAGGUCAUUUCAAAUGUUGUACACUGCAGGCCAAAAGUUUGGAAGCAAGGCCAUUACAGGCCGAACAGUUGGGAGUAACUCCAAGUUUUUGUUCACAAUGCUUUUUUUUUUUUUUAAUCCAGCAUGAGUUGUAAGUAUUUUGGGAUGUAUUUACUCCAUGAUCAGAUGUUGCUUUCAUGGAAAUGCACCAUUUUACUCCAUUUACCUUUAGAUAUACAUUGAUGUUAACAGACCAUUGCUAAAUAUAUGUCAGCAAAAGAUAAUAAGGGCUUAGGUUUACGGGUGAAAACAUUUGCAAUAGUCACAACUUCAGUGCAAAAGCAAAAAAAAAAACAAAUCACAGUUGGAUUAUCCACUUCAACUUUUUGGCUUUUGAGAGCCUGCAUACAAAAAUCCCAAUAAAUCUCAACUGCGUUCAAACUACCGCAAAAAUGGCUAGAAAGAAGCAACUGAGUAAAGAAACAAAAGCACAGAUUUGUACAAUGAGGAAAGAAGGGUACACAGAAAGAGAAAAUUGCAAAACGCCUAAAGGUGUCUAACAAAGGAGUCCACUACACUCUGAAGAGACUAGAGGAACCUGAAAGUUAUGAUGAUAGAAAAAGGCCUAGAUGAAAGAGAGUUACUACAAAAGCAGAGGAUAAACAUAGCAUCGUCAUCAGGAAGCGAGAUCGGCAAAAGACAGCACCACAAGUAAGGGAGAAAAUCAAGAUGACAAGGUCGAAACCCAUAUCUCUGACAACCGUGUAAUGACGUUUGAGAAAGGCUGGUCUGAAGGGUUGUGUAUCUGCAAAAAUACACUACUUCAUCCACAGAACAAGAAAAAGAGAUAUGAGUGGGCAAAAACUCACAAAAAUUGGACUUAUGAUGACUAGAAACAAGUUUGCACAGUUUGGUUCAAAACGCAGAGUCUAUGUCCGCUGACAAACUGGUGAACGUCUGAAAGCACCAUGUGUUACACCCACAAUUCAGCAAGAAGGUGGUAGUUCCAUGGUAUGGGGAUGUUUUGCAGGUGAUGGAGUAGGAGAUUUGAUGUAGAUUCUCAUUCAUUCAAGACGUUUCCCCCUUUUAUCCAAGAAGCUUCUUCUCGAGGCGAAACGUCUUCUCAACUCUACACAGUCCAGUUGCCUGAUUUUGGAGUCUUCAAGAAAAGAGUAGGAGAUUUGUUUGAAGUAAAGGGUAUCAUGAAGAAGGAACAGUACCACUCCAUCCUCCAGCACCAUGCUGCUCCAUCUGGACUCAGACUUGUGGCUCAUAAGUUUGUUUUGCAGCAAGACAAUGACCCCAAGCACUCUGCCAAGCUCUGUCAGGGUUACCUAGACAAAAAAAGAAGAGGAAGGUGUUCUUCAAAAGAUGGUUUGGCCCCCUCAGUCUCCAGACCUUUCUCCAAUUGAGCUUGUGCGGGAUGAAUUGGAUCAAUCAGUCAGAAAAACGCAUCCCACGAAUCAGCAGUCUCUUUUUAAUGAACCUAAGAAAGCUUGGAAUGCAAUACCUGGAACAUACCUUAAAAACUUGUGGAACAAAUGCCUGGUAUAUGCCAAGCUGUUGUUAAAGCCAGAGGAGGUUACUUUAAAGAAAGCAAAGUCUAAGCAACAAUAACUCAAUUACAUAAUAAUUAUAGUCAAAAUGUCUUCUGAUAAGUUACUCUUUACACAAUGGUCAUGUUUAUUGUGUUGCAAAUUAUAUAUAUGAAACUAUGAUCUUUUUUUGGACAAAUCUGAUCUUGCUUCCAAACCUUUGGCCUGUAGUGUACUUCAACUCAGUUUUAUGAAAAAUACUUGAUCCUUGUAAAUUUGAUACCCCUAAAGACACGACCAUCCAGUUAAGAUUUUUGGCUUUGUUCAUUUGUACAGAGAUCUCUCUUGAUCCUCUUAGAUUGAACACUAUAUUGUGUACUUUUGAUGGUGAAAUCCUCAAAUUCUUGUAAUUUUACUCAGAGGAACAUGAUUCUGAAAUUGAUGCGCUAUUUCCUCGCACAGCCCCUCCCUGAGUAGUGAACCUUUUUUCACCUUUACCUCUGACUGACUCAGCCUCUCAAAAUGCCCUUUUUGUUCCCAGCCAUGUCCCUACAUAUUGCUUAUUAACUUAAGUGGUUGGGAGAUGUCCCACCAAGGGUUUUUUUUUUUAGUAUUACACAACUUUUUCAUUGUUCUGUUGACUCACAGUUGUUUUGUUUUAGUUAUUUCAUUGACUCGGUGAUACUGUGUGGGUAAUGUUGUGCCAGUGUGCUUUGUCUGUGGUACAAAAAACAGAAGCAUGUACACACCGAAGUACACAGACUAUUUUAGGGGUUAUGAAGAUAAAACAAAUAUACUAGCACAUAUAAACUUUGAUAUUGUAAACUGCAUCUAGAAACAGCAGCAAACAAGGAAAGACUUUGUUUCUCUGCCCUCUCAGUCACGUAUGCAGUCUCCAGCCUAAAAAAAGACUGUUGUGCUGUUAUUAUUCAGUAGGUGAAAAUUAGACUGUCGAUAAAACUUAAAUUUAACAAUUGUGCACCAAGUGGUCACACAAUUGUCCAAAAACAGAUCAAUAAAAGUUUGUCACUGUCCUUUAUCUGACAGGCUCCACUCUCUUUCUCUUGAUUUCUAGCAUAUAAGACUCCAUCAAAGAGGAGGAAAACAACAGUGAUGGAUCAGGUCUCGACUUUGGUCAAAGCCACCGUCUCUCAGCUCAGAGAGAUGGAUGCAUCCAUGCAGGCGCAGGAGGACGCCCGACUGCAGAGGCUUAUGGAUCACGAGAGAGAAAUGCAGAACAAUCUCAUGUGUCAGCUGAUGGCCAUGCAUGAAAAGAUCAGCAGAGAAAGCUAUGAGAGACAUUUAGAGCUGGUGGACAGGGUUCUCUCAAGGUUCCCCUCACCUUCAGAACCUUCAGGUCACUGACUGACACUUCCAGUGCAACGGCACACAACAGGUUCUUCAGGUUAAGGGGGCAUUUCUAUCUCUCUUUCUAUACAUAUAUAUAUACAGUUUAUGUUCUCCACCAGCUGACUGGUGCCAAAGCUAACAUUCCUUAUUAUUUUCUCAGAUUUCUUUAUUAUUAUUGUCAGCCACAAAUGUUCGGAGAUCAUCCUUCCCUUCAAUCAUGACUCUGUGCACUUGUAGCUGAUACAAAACAGAUAAAAACAAGCUAAGUCCACACUCCAUCAUACUCUGGGUCUCUAAUGAGGUGAACUAAUGUUUUUUUAAAACUGUUCCGGUCCUGAGAGGACACAUGAUUAACAAGGAAUAAUAUCAAUUUCAGCACGGCACAUAAAUAGUAGCCUGGCUGGGCCAUCCUGUUGCGUGAAUCACUUGCCGUUCCUUCCCACAACAAGUGGAAAGGAACGGCAAGUGAUUCAAGCAACACGAUGGCCCAGCCAGGGUACAUAAAUAGUCUGCUGUAGCUCAAAAGUUCCAUAACAAAAAUAAAAAAUAUAUUUUUGUCAAAUGUGUAUCAUAAUGUAAUUCUGUCAUGCAACAUACAAAAAACAUACAAAAUAUUGGCAGUAAACUUUGACCAAAGCAGACACAUGCCCCCCAAACUCUAACAACUACGGCUGUCUAAAGUUUACAAUUUUACAACUACAAAGUCAUUUGGCAGACGCUUUUAUUCAAAGUGACAUACAUACGAAUCACACAACAGUGGAGGACAUACACUGGGAGCAAGGAGAGUUAAGUGUCUUGCCCAAGGACACAGUGGACGGACUAGGGAUAGGGGGGAAUUGAACUGCUAACCUUCCAGUUGUUGGACGACCGCUCUACCUCCUAAACUACUACUGCUUCUUAAUAGUAAAUUUAAUCCCAAUUAUUUGCAGAAUUUCAAUUUCAAACUUUCACCAGUGUCUUGACUUCUGAUCCAAAUGAAUGAUUUAUUAUUAUUCCAAUUUUAUUAUAUAUAUUAUUCCAAUAAAAGCUGCACUGCUACACCAGUGUGGUCUACAGUCAGGACUUUUUUUUAUUCUUUUGUCUUUGCCCAUAUGGCAAAGCACUUUUUAUUAUCAUCAGAGGAAGGAGACAGGUUCAAAGUGCUUAUUAAGUCUAAUACAGUGUUUCUUUUGAUUUUUUUUUGAAAGGAUUAAACUUUAACACUAAGAAAUAUGCAGAAAAUGUCUAAUCAUCACAGUCAAAAUGUUCCGUUACUCCAAAAUAACUCUGAUUACACUCUGACUUCCAGUAUUCCAGGUUAAUGCUGCAUUUUCAUUUUUCAGGUGCUUUAGUUUGCUGGCUUUCUCUAUUACACACAGGUCUUGUGUGUUUGAAACCGUUGUUCUACACAACAUGCAGCACUUAUCCCAGCUUUUAGGUGACGUUUGACGCUCACUGACAUCAGCCUGAUGAGCUGCACCUGUGUGCUAAGCCAGUAGGUGGUAUCCCACACACAGGCCUUGUACACACGUAGCUGGGUAUUUUAUAAACGAAUAUCCAACCCCCUCCGUUUUACAAAAGUCAUAUGCACACAUCUUCGCUUCCAAAUAAAAUCCCAGCCACACAAAACCACAUAAAUGUACUAUUGACCGUGGUUAUAAGCAUGACAGACCUGGAGUUGGUCGUAUUUGCCAAAAAGUUUGACCCAAUCUAUCCAAUCAGAGGGAGCUUCCCUUUCUCGUCAUCACUUCCAAACAUGUAACAUAACGCUGUGUAGUUUGUACGUGUGGACCGACAAAGAGGUGGAAUAGCUUUUAAGCAUUGUUUUGGAGUAUAAUGUCAACAAGACACAAGACAGGUAGAGAAAGAGUUAUUUGGUGUAGAAUAACCGACUACAAAGCCCUUCCCCCCCUUUUGCUCCUCACAUAAAUAUUUAUUUUGUAUAUAUCUGUGCCGUCCACUGCCUGACAUAAACAAAGGCGCAUAGGAUAUUUAUCUAUUAGCUGUCACAGAGAAUGAUGUUUAGGAAUUCAAAACUCUGGUUACCUAUGUCCACAUGCAAACACAAAACCAGAGUUCUCUAAAAUCUUCACUUUGGCCGGAGUUUUCUAAAAGCACCCUUCUUUGACGUAUUCAUGCGGCUUCGCGUGGAUGCAGGACAAAAUGUAUAAAAAUAUAUUCGUUUUAGCAAAUACCCAGCUACAUGUGUACAAGGCCUCAGAGUUUAUGGAUGAAAUUUUAACUCGUUUGACACAAAAUGUAUGUUACUUUUGCCUCCUCACCUGAGCUGAACUGUUUUUUGAAGUGAACUAUUGUCAUUGAAAAGCCCAGUUGUGUUAUUGUUUUCGAUCACAGUAAAAAUGAGGGCAGGAUGAUGCAGCUGGGGUCAACUAUGGUGUGCAGAAAGACAGAUAAGAAACCAAUGACUGAAAAUAAGUCUUUUUUUUUUUUCAACACAGUCACUUUAAAUUGUGCUGUACUUCCUCUUUAAAACCUGUGCAGGUUGGUGUGAGGGAAACCCUUACAGAGCAUAAGCUUCCUUUAGACUCUGUAUGCUGUAAGAUUGUUGUUCUUGAAACUCCUUUGUCAGUGUUGAAUUGUUAAAUAUUCUGUAAAUAUCAUGUUUGAGUCCUACCCUCAUGUAUGUGGACGGAAAAAAACACUCAGUGGACAGACUUAAAAUUCUCAGCUUUAUUUCAAAUAUUCAUUUGAAAGUAAUAAAAAGCUGAGCCAAGACCAACAGAACCAAGAAAGCUGAUUGUUCUCUGGAGGCUGUUUUAGGAGUCAUUCAUGGCUGACACGAAAUUCCCGGUUGCGAUCACAGUUGUCAGCAAUCCGGGAGAAAACGUGUCAUUGAGGAAAAACACCAUUCAAGCUACACUACAGCCAAAACACUCCGCUUUCAGACUGACAAGUCAGCAUCACACUCAGGCCGUAUGUUAGUCAGUUUCACUUUCUGUAUUGAUUUUAGAGAAACAAAACUUAAUCUCACUUUGAAUAGACUGUCUGAAUAAGUGAGCAGUUUCAAAACACGACUUCAUGUUUCUCCGCUCAGCCAUUUUCUUUGUGGCUCAGUCAGCCAGGAUGUGCAUUUUUACUGUACAUACUUUUAUACUGUUCUGGACUGUUACAUGUUUGACUGUUUUAUUCAACUUCUUUUGUUUAUGAAACAAUAAAGACUGAAUGAACAUGGUCCCAUUUUCAUGUGUAAAAUGUGUAAAUGAUGAUUAUUCUGGAUGUGAUGUGUGCGGUAAGAAGGAGGAGGCUCUGCUCCAUGUCUUCUGCUCUGUAGUGGCCCAUCUGCUCAGGAUGUCCUGUGCAUUGUGGGAU